AAACAAUAUAAAUACUGGCCUACGAAACUGUUUCAGUAUCAAAUUCAAUUCAACCAUCUUCGCAAGAAGAACAAACAGCUAAGUAGCUAAACAACUUUUGUGUGUGAUAAUUCAAAACCCAAACAAGUGAAUAUACAAAAUGAAGUGCUUCGUAACGAUAGCUCUCCUUGCCUGCGUCUCGCUCGCCCGUGCCGAACCACCAGUGCCCCAAAACCAAUACUUGCCCCCCAACCAAGGCGGCCAACAGCCCUCAGGUCAAUACCUGCCGCCCACCCAGUCAUACCAGUCGCCCUCCAGCAACUACCUGCCGCCACAACGUAACGGCGGUGCUGCUGGCGCACCACCCAGCACCAGUUACGGCGCGCCCGCUGCCGGUGCGCCCAGCUCACAAUACGGUGCUCCAGCUGCUCCCAGCUCGCAAUAUGGUGCACCUGCUCUGACUGGUGCAAUCUUCUCCAAGCAGCAAGGCGGUAAUGGCGGCUAUGGCAGCGGCAGCAGCAGCGGCAAUGGCGGUUAUGGUGGCGAGGAACAAUACGGACCAGCUAAAUACGAAUUCAAAUAUGACGUACAAGACUACGAAUCCGGCAAUGACUUCGGACACAUGGAACAACGCGAUGGUGAUUUGGCUAUUGGCCGUUACUACGUGCUCUUGCCCGAUGGUCGCAAACAGAUCGUCGACUACGAGGCUGAUGUACAUGGCUACCGUCCCACCAUUCGUUACGAGCAGGUCAACAACGGUUUCAACGGCAAUGCUGCCGCCGGUGGACGUGGCGGUCAGGGUGGUCAAUUCGCUGGUUACCAAUAAGGUGUCCAGCCAUUUAUGCGUAUCGUUAAACAAGACGAUUUUUGCCAGAGAUUGAAGUGUAGUUUGGCGUUGUGUAGAGAAAUAGAAAGCCAGAGAGUGAGAGAGUAUGUGCGAUAGUGAUUAGAGAUGAAAUCAUGUAUUAUAUAGCAUUUUCCAUGACUUGCGCGGCCUAUCGCCAAGUGCAUAAGUUUUUUUUAAUACGUUUUUGGUUAUUUUUCCUCCUUUUUUAGUUCUCAUUGGUUUUCAUUGUUAGUUUAAGCCAAACAGUUGAGAUUAUAAGCUUCAUUUAAUACGUAAGUGUGCGUGCUUUGCAAGCGCUGCGAAGGCGCCGCACAAAAGCUUUCACUUUCAUCUCAUUACACCACCCGCCGCUUACGAACUGUGUGUGAGCGUCAAAUAGUUACAUUAUCUGCUAGCCUCUUUCGUCGCUAUUUCUAACUGCCACUUACAACAACGACAAGAACUCACUUGAUUCUUUAACGCAACUCCACAAAGCAUACGACAACUAAUCAAUCAAACGAUGCCCGUCACUUGCCAUUUGUUUCCGCCGUCGCCAAACAACUACAAAUCAUAGCAACAGAAUUCGAGACACUACCAACAGCAAUAAAAACAGCGCUUUGCGGCGGAACACAUUUGUUGUAAAAUUUGUUAUUCGUUAAACGUAGCAGCUAUCUCCAACUAUCUUAGCCAAUAAGCACUCUCAUUUUAGUAUAUUUCAACUGCAGCUUUUGAAAACUCACAACACAAAAGCAUACAAUUUGUAUAAAAUACCAGCAUACACAUACAUACAUACCCUCAUCUAUACAUACACAUGCAUGCCUUCAACUUAGGAGGAAACACAUAACUCAUCAAUUUCUUAUAUUAUAAAUGCAAAAACAAAACAAAAAUACUUAUCAUUGUGAAGCAACAACAAUAGAUAAUAAUGUAAUAACGUGUAAGCCAGAACAAUUGUGCAUGUCAUAAAAAUAUCAAUAAAGAGCAUUUUUGUAUAAAACAAAGUUUAAAAAAUA